ACUCCUCAAAUCCUCAUCAAACGGCAAGCGUCCUUCUCCCCAAUCUGCCACUGCAAGAAUUCCCAAUCCCGCCGCAGCCGUUUCCCCCCUUCUCGGCGUCAACAAUGACGCGCUCCGCCUCCGGCGAGCGCAAGCGUCGUCUGAUUCGUUCCCUGGACUACCAGUGCGUGAGACGCUUUCGUCUCCGUCGGCUCCUCUCCUUCCUCUGGCGUUACAGCUACCACGAAGCGUUCGAAGCGCUGUCCAAGGAGACGACUGUGUACUUCCGCGUGUCCCAUCUCCAGCAUAUGGUGCGGCAGGGCUUGUGGACCGACGCCGUCAGAUACGUGCUCCGCUUCGUCCCGGCUAUCGAUCUGACCGACGGUGGCAACUUCCUUACCAUCUUCAUCACCUUGCUCUCCAGCAUCGCUAGAUACAAACCGACUGUCCCCUCCACCUUCCCUCUAUACGAUCCGUAUGCCCGCCAUGAGCUCGAUUGGCAAGGUCGCGUCAGGCCCGGUGGUGUCAAGGUCGCUGAGAUCAUCCGGUCUGUGUGCUGCAAGGAAGCCUGGGGUCGGAUUAACUGGGCACUGGUGAGGCUGAAGGCAGCGGAGAUCGUUGGUGAUUUGUUUACUGAGUUGCCAGAGUUUGAUGACAUGCGCCGACUGCCACCCUGCCCUGUCAUUGUCAGGCCAGCAAACGUGCUUCCUCUCAGGGCGAGUUCAAGGGGUCACAGCAGGUUUCACAAGAAAUUAGGCCGGAUUCCACCAGAUGUUCUUGCCCGGUAUUUUGUUCCCAAGGAGACAAGCCAACCAGGUUUACCACUUGAGCCAUUUACAAUGAUCCGGAUGGCAGAGAUUUUAGAUGAAUGUUUGCAAGCUGGAAAAUGCCUGGUGAUCAAUGACAGACAUCGUGUUGAGAGUUCUUCCACUGAAGGACCGGCCGUUAUCUGCACUUUGACUGCUGAAAUUGCUUGUGGCACGAAGGAUCCAAUGGUAACUGAGGCUGCUGUUCCAAGAAGCAAUCUGAAAAGGCCACGAGCAACUGAGCAAGAAGUUGAUACAAGAAAAAUACAGAUAAUUGGGGAGCAUGUUCAAAGGAGGAAGAGGAAGCCUAAUACUCCAAUUUCCACUGCUACUCUGAGAAGAAGCCCAAGACUGGCCGAAGCUCUAGAUGGCCAUAAGCCUGAAGUGAUUUCAGCCUCAAAAAAGCCUAUCUCCAAAAACAAGUCAAGGGCUAGAAAAAUCACAUUGCAGACUGAUCUGUUGGAUAAUCGCAACUGAGAAGUGCUGCAUCGCUCCGUCAGAGGUGACAGCUGAACUACUGCUUCAAGACCAGAUGAAGCAAGCUCGAGCAGUAGUAGUUGAAUGGAGCUCCAAUUAGUUUCCAGUGAUUCGUUGCACUUUUAGCCUUUAUUUUACCAAGGGUAUGCCCUGCGUGGAACUGCUGUAUUAUGGGGAUUGGUUUUGAACCCUGCCAGACUACCUUUUGAAAACUUAUGUCCUUCGCACUUUUCUGGGAAGGCUUCCUUGAUGUUUGGUUGGACAAAGAUUAAUCUCUUAUGUUAAGGCUGUUUGGGCCCUUUCUUCGGCUGUGA